UUCCCGAAUCCAUCAAGACUUUGACUGUUUAACAAAAACAUAUCUAUAUGAAUUUUUUUUUCUUUUUAAUUUUUUUAAUUCAUUAUGGAAGUACCUUUUGCUUUGUUUGGUGAGACUACACAAGAAGAACAAAACAUACUUGAUAAAAGACAGCAACAAUACAAACGAGAUCUUGAGUAUCGAUUAGCUUCUUUGUCAACCGAUCCUCAUGAGCGAUCCAUGUCAGAAAACAGACUUGUAUUCAACUAUAGACGUCAAUCUCAUUUUGGUGAGCCUGGUAUACAGCAUAACUUAUUAAGUUUAGAAGAAUGUCAGCAUGUAUUACAAUCUGUUCCACACAAUGCAUGGACAACAGCACGGCACUCUGCCUUUGCUACCACGGACAUUCCGAUCCGAACCAAUCCUCAACUAGAAUACCUUGAGCCUUUGAUCAAAAGACGUCUGUUUCCUGUCCUGAGCAAGCAUUACGGUUUUAAACCGAACGAUCUAGGCUUUCGAGAUGUAUUUCUGGUCAAAUACGAUGCUCAGAAACAAAAGGGACUCCGGUUACAUACAGACGGGUGUCUAUUUUCACUCACUUUAUUGAUUAGCCAUCCCAAUGACUUUGAAGGUGGAGGCACCUAUUAUCAGAGCAUAGAUCGUAUUUUGUAUUUAGAACAAGGGGAUUGUGCCUACCAUGAUGCUCAUGUCAUGCAUAGUGGAGUAGACAUCACAAAAGGAACAAGGUAUAUUUUAGUGGGCUUUAUAGAUACGCUGGACACAAUUCAAAAAGACAAUAAAGCACUACGUAUUUAAUCACAUUUGAUAUUCAUCAGUUUGGCUACUUGUUUUCUUUUCAUAUGGCUAAUGGCAAAAUGAACAUCAUCAUCAUUGGUGCUUUUUCUGGUAUCUAAAAUGGCUAAGAAAGAUCUAAUUUCUUCAGAUAUAUCAAUCAUAGUGCCUAUACAUGGAUCAGUCACUUGUUUGUAGGAGUGAUGUCUGACUUACAAGACUCUUCUGUCUUGAUACCAAUGAAAUAAUAGGUCAAAUGAAGCGUACCAGGAUUAAAUGGCUCUGAAGAACUUGUGGCUUCCAUCUCAUCCAUCAA